CGUGGGUCGCUCUCUUCACUUUAAGCAUCAACUCUUCUCUCUUUUCUCGCCUUCACAGAUAGACACGAAUGUUUCCCACAUAAUAAAGCCAUUUUCAAAAUCUCUCUCAAAAACAGCUCAAAGUUCAAAAAGCUCUUUCUCUCUGCUAAUCCACUUGUUCACUACACUUUAUUCUACUUGUUAUUCUUGUUUAUCAAUCUUGACAUAUAUUUGAAGUUUAUUCCUUUCCUGUUAUAUGCAAAGUUUAGAAGGAAAGCAAGAAAUAUGGAUUCUUUAGCACUUGAUGAUAUAAUCAAUCGGUUGCUUGAAGUUCGGGGAAGGCCUGGUAAACAAGUCCAACUUUCUGAGGCAGAAAUCAGACAGCUUUGUCUCAAGUCCAAAGAAAUUUUGUUGCAGCAGCCUAAUCUUCUUGAGCUCGACGCACCCAUCAAGAUCUGCGGGGAUAUCCAUGGUCAGUAUUCAGAUCUACUGAGGCUGUUUGAAUAUGGUGGAUUACCUCCAAAAUCUAAUUACCUAUUCUUGGGUGAUUAUGUUGAUCGUGGGAAGCAAAGUCUGGAAACAAUAUGCCUUCUUCUUGCUUAUAAAAUAAAGUACCCUGAAAACUUUUUCCUUUUGAGGGGGAACCAUGAAUGUGCUUCCGUGAAUCGUAUAUAUGGGUUCUAUGAUGAGUGCAAACGAAGGUUCAAUGUUCGACUAUGGAAAAUAUUCACAGAUUGUUUCAACUGCCUCCCUGUGGCUGCUUUAAUUGAUGAAAAGAUAUUGUGCAUGCAUGGUGGACUCUCUCCUGAUCUUAAUCAUUUGGAUCAGAUAAGGAACCUUCAACGACCAACUGAUGUUCCUGAAUCUGGGUUGCUCUGUGAUCUUCUCUGGUCAGAUCCUAGUAAAGAUGUUAAAGGGUGGGGAAUGAAUGACCGGGGAGUUUCUUACACCUUUGGUCCUGAUAAGGUCACAGAGUUUCUUCAGAAGCUAGAUCUUGAUCUUGUUUGUCGUGCCCAUCAGGUUGUGGAAGAUGGAUAUGAAUUUUUUUCUGAUAGACAACUUGUGACGAUUUUCUCAGCCCCUAAUUAUUGUGGAGAGUUUGACAAUGCUGGUGCUAUGAUGAGUGUGGAUGAGACUCUGAUGUGUUCUUUUCAGAUAUUAAAGCCUGCAGAGAAGAAGCCAAAGUUUGGAUUUGGGAGCACUGCUACAGCUAAAAAUGCAACUCCAACAAAAUCAAAGUCAUUUCUUGGUAAAAUUGGAUGAGAUGAACCAUAACCGGUAUAAAUGUCAACUACCUCUCUUAGCUCCAUUAUACGCAAAUGGAGGCUCGGGUUUGGAAGCAUUGCAGAAGAGAAGAAGAUACCUUCCCAAGAUUCGAAUGGGGAAAAAUCUGUAAUAAUUUUUGAUUUGUCAUGUAUAAUAUAAACCAAUCCACUGAGGCGAGCUUUAUGGUUCACCAGCAAAAAGAUUUUCUAACCCUUUGUCUAUUCAGGGAUACAGGGAACAAAGGUUACCCUUUGUGUUAAAUGUCCUGGAUCUCUGUUCUCUUUGAUUCUUAUGUUUCUCUUCUAGCGGUUCAACCUUCUAUAGAAUUUAGCUGUUUGUCUUCAA